CUCUCUCUUCUCCUCCUCGGUUUCGUUUCCUUCCUUCUUCUCCUCCUCCUCCUUCUCCCAAUCGAUCGCAUUCGAAGCUUCCUCCGGUAGCUCCGGUGAGGGUGAUGGACGACCUGGACAUGGCGCUGCCUCAGGCCUUCGAGCUCCUCCUCGGCAGAGAUCGAGACGCCUGGCCGCGCGGGGCCGCGUUCCUCGUCGCCGCCCACUACGGGGACGUCCGCGAAAUGAAGAGGAUUGCAAAGGAGCUGGACGAGGACGGCAAAGGGAUCGAGGCGACUGUGGCUAACACAAGCUUCCUCGGCAUGAACGCCCUUCACGCACUGGGUUGGCUCGGCAAGGUGCCGGCCUACCGGUAUCUGGUAGAGGAGGUCAAAAUGGACGUCAACAAGGCCGACACUGCUCAGGGAUUCACACCCCUGGAGCAUGCCGUCUACCAUGGUCGCCUGCCUGCCACCAGAUACCUCCUUGAUCAUGGCGCUGAUGUGCAUCAAAUUCGCUCUACGGGAAAUGUCUCUCUUCUUCACUCAGCUGCAGUAAAAGGGUUCUCUGAAGUAGCAAAAUUUCUGCUUUCUAGAGGAGUUAAUGUUGAUGCAGAAUCAGAAAUGGGGACACCACUGGCUCUUGCUGCUUUCAGAGGAUAUGAUAGCACUGUCAAGGUCCUUUUGGAGCACAAUGCUGAUCCCAACAAGGUUACAAACAAGGCACUUGGUGCACCUUUAGACUUGGCAUUAACCAGCUCUUCUGUGUCCUGUGUGAAGCUGUUGGUUCAGGCUGGAGCUGAAGUGAAAGUUGAGGGGCCAAAUAAUCAUUUGGUAAGAGCUGCUGAGAAAGGCUUAACUGAAGCUAUUAAAUGCAUGUUGGAAGCUGGUGCAAACCCAAAUGUUCCUGACAGGCUCGGGAGAAUGCCAAUAGAGCUGGCUGCUGAGUAUGGCACACGGGAAGAUGUUGAGAUUCUCUUUCCUUUCAGCUCUGCUAUUCCAACUGUGGCAAAUUGGAGUGUUGAUGGAAUAAUUAAUCAUGUACAGUCAGAAAUCAAGCAACUAGAGGACGAUAAUUUUAUCAAAAAGAGAAGGUCUGACAUGAAACAACAAGGGGAUGCUGCAUUUAAGAAGCAGGAUUAUCUAAAUGCAUCAGUGUUCUACACUCAGGCACUGAAGGUUGAUCCGUUUGAUGGCACGUUGUUCUCAAACAGGAGUCUUUGCUGGCUCCGCAUGGGUGAUGGAGAAAGGGCUUUGGAUGAUGCCAAUGCAUGCGAAAAGCUACGGCCAAAGUGGGCAAAGUCCUACUAUCGGCAAGGAGCAGCUCUAAUGUUUCUGAAGGAGUAUGAGAGGGCUCAUAGGGCACUUGGUCGAGCUUUAGAGUUGGACCCUGAAAGUGAAGAGAUCGAGAAUUUGUAUUGGGAGUCGAUGGAACUGUGCGGUUGAUCCCUGAAAUGCCAGCUACAGAUAGAAGAAGCACACGCAGAACUGGAAGCUCCUUUUGUGUUAUGAAAGAUGGAACGACGCAAACGCUCAGUGAUUUGCUGCUUUUUGUGUACAUAUACUUAGGCUGUCAAAACAGAAACAAAUGUCUGGUCUUUUAUGUCGUGUUUCGUCGUGACAUCUUCCUGGAGUGGCUGUUAGACUAAACUAGCAUUAUCACAUUCUAUCUGUUGCUAGUAUGGGCAGAGGAUGAUCAACUGUCUAAGCAAGCUGGAAUGAUAUGAAUUCUCUGAAAUGUUAUGCAUAA